CCCCAGUUUGCCUCCAAUCCGUGGCAUGACAUAAUCAAAGAUGGGCUGGCUGUUCAGUCUCGCUUUUGCUCCAAAGGAAUAAAAUCAUGAGGCGCUGCAGUCUUGGAGAAAGCUAGCUAGCUCAGUUACGAACUAGCCUACAUGUUCUAGCAAGAACUUGAUGCAGUCUAAAAUCAAAAACAGUAAACUGUCUAUAAUCUCUCGGCGGCCUUGAAAAGCUGAUCUCGUUAAACAAUAGGCGUAUAUAGCUAGCUAACUAACUAACGUUAGCUAGCUAGGGAUAACCAGAAAGAGGGAGAGCUCAAAGCGGCAGCGUCUUUGAUCAUGCUAGGCAACGGCAAGAAGCCCGUGAAGAAUGGAGCCGGGACGUCCGAAUCAAAGACUAUAGACCCUCUUAAAAUUUUAGGUGUAGAGGAAGAUGAGGACGUGAAGGUAAUGCUGAAAGGCUCCAGCAUGGUGAAGGUACGCUCCCCACGCUGGCAGAGGAGACGUACGCUGAAGCUGCUGGACGAUGGAGUCACCGUGUGGUGCGAGUCCGACAAGUUCUCCAGCCGCUCCAAGGCCCAGCAGUCCUUCUCGGUCACGGACGUGGAGUGUGUACGCGAGGGCUUGCAGUCAGAGACCCUGCGACAGCUGACGGGCUCAAUUCCCGAGGGCCAGUGUCUCACUGUGGUGUUCAAGGGGGCCAGGAAGAGUCUGGACCUGCGGUGCCACACUGACGAGGAGGCCCAGCGCUGGGCAAGGGGCAUCAGGACCCUCCAGGAGAGGGUGGAGAACAUGACCCAGAAGGAAAAACUGGACAACUGGAUCCGUGGCUAUCUGAAACGGGCCGACCUGAACCAUGACGAGAAGCUGAGCUACGAGGAGGUCCAGGGGCUGCUCACCAUGAUCAACAUCGACCUAAAUGAAGAGUAUGCGCGCAACCUCUUUAAGAAGUGUGACCGGUCGUGUGACGGUCGUCUGGACCACGGGGAAAUCGAGGUGUUCUGUAGGGAGCUGUUGCGGCGGCCAGACUUGGACGCCGUUUUUAGCCGCUACUCGGCUAACGGCUGUGUGCUCUCCACCGUGGACCUGAAGGACUUCCUGAAAGACCAGGGAGAGGACUCCUCGCUGAUCCACGCUCAGAGUCUGAUCCUCAACUACGAGCUCAAUGAGUGGGCCCAGAAGAAUGGGUACAUGACGCCCAAUGGUUUCACCAUGUACAUGCUGUCCAAGGAGAACAAUGUGUUUGACCCGGACCACGCCCGGGUGUACCAGGACAUGACCAGAUCUCUGGCCCACUACUUCAUCUCCUCCUCACACAACACCUACCUCACCAGUGACCAGGUUACUGGCUACAGCAGCACGGAGGCUUAUAUCAGGGCUCUGAACCAAGGCUGUCGCUGUGUGGAGUUAGACUGUUGGGAUGGGGACAAAGGGGAGCCGGUCAUCUACCACGGUCACACACUCACCUCCAAAGUGCCCUUCACAGAAGUCAUUGAGACCAUCGCCGAGUACGCCUUCAAAGCGUCUCCGUACCCUCUAAUCCUGUCCCUUGAGAACCACUGCAGUGUGGAGCAGCAGGCGGUCAUGGCCCGACACCUGCGCUCCAUCCUUGGGGACAAGCUGCUCACCAAGCCCCUCAAUGAACAGCAGCUCCAGAGCCUGCCCUCACCAGAGGCGCUGAAAGGGAAGAUCCUGGUGAAGGGGAAGAAGGAGAGAGUGGUGGAGCUGGAGAGCUCCUCCAGUUCUUCAGACCUCAGCUCCUCGGAGGAGUGUGAGUGUAGCCAUGCAGAGAGCAAAAAGAAGGAGGAGAAGAAGCCGGGUGUCUCUAAGCUGAGUCCAGAGCUGUCAGACCUGGUGGUGUACACACGCAGUGUUCCCUUUAAAGGCUUUGACCAGGCAGCAAAGAAACCCCCUACAGAGAUGUCCUCCUUCUCCGAGAGCGAAGCCCUCAAACACGUCAAAGAAUCAGGGAAGCAUUUUGUCCGUCACAACAGCCAUCAGUUGAGCAGAAUAUAUCCCUCAGGACAACGCCUGCAGUCCUCCAACUACGACCCCCAGGAUAUGUGGAACGGCGGUUGCCAGAUUGUGGCGCUGAACUUCCAGACGGCAGGGGAAGAGAUGGACUUGAACCGGGGGCGCUUUUUACCCAACGGCCUUUGUGGAUACGUCCUCAAGCCCUCCUUUCUGACCCGCCCUGACUGCAACUUCAACCCCGAGAACACGGGGGGAGGACCCGGACACGACCCCACCCUCCUCACCAUACGGGUGAUUUCGGCCCAGCAGCUUCCCAAGCCAGAGUGGGAUAAACCCAGCUCCAUCGUGGACCCUCAGGUGUGGGUGGAGAUCCAUGGCGUUCCCAUCGACAACAACAAGAAGAUGUCCCCCCGCGUUGACAACAAUGGGUUUAACCCUCGGUGGGACUGUACCUUCAACUUCACUCUGCAUGUCCCUGAGCUGGCUCUGGUGCGCUUCAUGGUGGAGGACCACGACUUCACCUCCAGAAACGACUUCCUGGGACAGUUCACCCUGCCCUUCACCAGCCUCCGCACAGGUUACCGUCAUGUCCACCUGCUGAAGGUCGAUGGUUCCAGCCUGUCACCCACUUCUCUGUUCAUUCAUGUUAAGGUCACCCCCUGCCACAGUAGCCCCUCCAAGGCCUCAGCCAAAUCUCCGUCCUCAACCAAGAUCGUAGCCAUAUCACCAGCCAUAUCUCCAAGUACGUCCCAAGCCAAAUCGCCAGCCAUAUCUCCAAACACGUCCCAAGCCAAAUCGCCAGCCAAGAAGCAUUAAGUCUCUCCCCAGGCUCCACCAAGUAACCCAGGAUUAAGAUGAAACUCAUUCUGUCCUCUACUCUUAUUUUUUAUGGUGUAGUAAACAUGGUUGUAGUCCAUUCCCAUUUGAAUUUUGUUAAUUCUGCCUCUGCUUCACUCACAGUAUUAUUUUUUAAAGAGAACAUGACAACUAACCACUGUUCUUGGUUCCUCCCAACUUGAGUGAUUUAAGUAGUGGGCCCAAGUGGAGACGGUCUAUAUCAUCAACAGUGUGGCUGUCCUACUGUAUACCAUUCAUUAUCUAACAGCAUAUCUAUAGUAAUGAAAGUAAUGAACUUCGAUCUCCAGUAUUCUGUGAGACAACUGGACCAGGAUCUCUGGCUGGCUCUUUUGUGUGAUGAUUGGACCAAACACAAAAAGAGUUACCAACCAAUAGCCAGCCAGGGUAUUGGGUCGAUGGGACAUCCAUCGACAACCAUUGUUGAGCAGGUAAACCGUCCAAACAGAUCUUUGAAUAUUUUAAGCAUAUUAAAAGGACUGUUUUAAGAAAUGAUUAUUCACCAGUAUUUUUAAAGAAUCACAUUCUUACCGGGUGUAACGUAUUUGUUCCUUACAGAGAAGGUCACUCUAUACCGUCCUGGAUUAAAUUCUGGCCUGAUUUAUGGCUAAAGUUCAUCAAAGUUCAUCAGUUUUCCGAGCCGAGGCAUCUUUAGAGAUGUAACCAUAUAGAAGUUCGAUUUUAUAUUUAUCAUUUUCAUAUUAUACUUUAGUUAUCUAGUUGUUGUAGAUAGAUAUAGUUAUCGUAGCAAUACUAGAAUAUGCACUAUAGUAGAUCUUGUUGCCUUUUUGUAGCACGUUUUGAAGAUAUGAAAUAUAUUUACAAUAUGUUUGGGGCAUUUCAGAUUGGUCUAAGAAAAAAAUGUAUAACAAGUAACCAGGUCCAUGAUGUUUUCAAGUUUUUGUUUUAUGAUAUCACUGUUCAAGUGAUGUUCAAGUUCAAUAGGCUGUGUCUCAAUAGUUGGAUGUAGUUUCUUAUCCUGUGUCCUUAUGUCCAUGAUGGCCGUUCAGGCUUGACAUGUCAAAUGAAGUGUACCUUUCCUGAAAGCCUUGUAGCUAAUGUGGAACUUUAGAAUUUUUCUGACGUGGCACUUGAUGAACAGCAAAGUGCAUCGUUUGACAAAUCUAAUUUGUUCAAGCACAGAAGAUUGUUUUUAGAAUUGUUACUCUCUGGCAGCUGUGCGUCUGGGUUGUAGAGAGAAAUAGCAUGCCUCGUUAGCUAAGGAAAGUUGGAAAACUCACACGAGUGCCAUUGAUUUGAGUCCAUCCGCCUAUCAGUGAUUAAGGAAAGGAGAUGAAGGAAAAGGGUAAAGGAAAGGAGAAAAGUAAGUCAUUUUAGAGUAUUGAGACAGCCAGGUAUACUGUAGAAAGAUGUUAUUGAAACUAAAGAUGACAAUCUUCAACUUAGGACAAGAAGUGGGGUUAGUUUGAGACUCUAGCCUUUUAAAAUGUUUUAAAGUGAUUUCAAUGAUUUUAAAUACAUUAUCUAUUGUCCAUAAUGUAUAUCAUGUCAUCUUUGAAAGAAGGGUUUUAACAUCAAUAUUCUUGUUUAUUACCCAGAUUAGUUUUGUUGUAGAAUGAUUUGAUAGACAAUUUUUAUACAUAUUUGCUGUAAUGUCAACCAAUAACAUCCAUUUUAGAAUGCUUUUUAAGGAAUAUGUUUUUGUAAUAGUUUACAUUGUGUCUCAGAGUAGGAAUGCUGAUCUAUGAUCAGUCUUGUCUUUUAGAUCCUAAUGAAUACGAUGUUAUGGACAGGGGGGACCUGGUCCUAGGAUCAGCACUCUGAGAUGCUUUAUACAUACAUGCCCUGGUCGACUCCUCAAUGGUAUUGUAUGGAUUCAAAGAGAGAUGUGAUGUUUGUGUAAAAGUUGUGAAAAUGUCCUUCUGUGGCAAAGAUAAGGAGAAAAAUGCAUAUUCUAAUUGUUGUGCAAAAUACAAACAUCCAUGUCACGCUAUUAUAUAUGGUAUUUAUUGCACAUAUUUUGGCUAUAGCUUAUUUAUUUUGUACAGUGAUUUUCCAGGGCAAUGAAAAGUAUUGUUUUAACUCAAGGACACUUUUAGGUUUCGAAUACCAGACAUAUUGUAUCAACAACAUGGACCUAAGUGUUCAAACAAAAUGUGAUUUAAAACAAAAAAUAAUAAUGUUACUGGAGGAGAUGGAGUAGAUAUUGGAUGAUGAUGAUAAUGAGGAGGAGGGGGAGGGGGGUAACAGGGUUCAAUUCACAAAACUGACUGGGAAAUGACAGUACAAAUGUGUUACGUAUGUUAGGUUUAUCCUUUAGUUCUAUUGUAUUUUUUGCUCUAUUCAGUGCUAUUAUAUGACAUGUUACUGUCCAAAGUACACUUCUAACUGCCAUUUCUCUCUCAUUCUUCUGUAUUGUAUGGCACAUCUUUUUAAAACCUGUCAUCCAUCUUCCAUUAUCAGCGUGUCUGCAUGUAAUACAGGUCUGUUAUGUAGGAUUAUUAAAGGCCCAGUGCACGACUUUUGCGCCCCAAAAAAUCAGGGGGUGCUGCAGCACCCUCAGCACCCCUACUUCCUGCUGCAAUGUGUAUGUUUAUUGUAGGUUGUUCUUUUUAAUGAUCUCUUUCAUAGUGUUUUUUACUCUUGUACAUUUCAGAACUUUCAUUUCUUAACUUUAACGCUUGCGGUUAUUGAAUUCUGCUUAUUUAAGGUUUCCUAUCAUAGAAGAUUUAUUUACGUCAUGUGACUCGACUGGUACACUGACCAGGAUGUUGGAUGGUGGAGUCCGGGUGACCCAGAUGCUCUUGUGUCAGUUUUGCAUUUCCCUCACUAAUGGUUAAGAUUAGGAUUGGGGGAGAGGAAGCAGAUCCUAGAUCUGUACCAAGGGAAAACUUCUCCCCGGGGGCAUGUUGGAUUCACAACACUGUCAGAAUCUGGUACUAUGCAACAACAACUAAAAUAUACUGAUAAAAAAGUUUGAGUUAAAAGAAUUUGCGUUAAUGCAAUGUUUACAGUAUUUAUAUCUGGCUGUAAUAUCUGAAUCAAUUAAAAACAAAAAUAAAAUAAACGAAAA